GACCAAUCCUCCCUCCCACACACAUCACACCCACAAGACAAAAAAAAGCGCCUUUGAGCGCCGCGCGACCUCUGGUGCUUGGUGUCGUCGCGACGCGUUAGUUUCAGAGCGCGCACGCGCGUUUGUGCUGUGGGGGUUGGGAAGAGCCGAAGAGCGAGGCGGCAGCGCGAUCGAGAGCGGUUCGGCGGGCGGCGGCCGAGCCGAUGGGAAGGGCACCCUGCUGCGACAAGAACAAGGGCCUCAAGAAGGGGCCCUGGACGCCGGAGGAGGACAAGCUCCUCGUCGACUACAUCCAGACCAACGGCCAUGGCAGCUGGCGCCUGCUCCCCAAGCUCGCAGGGCUGAACCGGUGCGGCAAGAGCUGCCGACUGCGGUGGACCAACUACCUCCGGCCGGACAUCAAGCGCGGGCCCUUCACAGCCGAGGAGGAGAAGUCCAUCGUCCAGCUCCACGCCAUCGUCGGCAACAAGUGGUCCAUGAUCGCGGCGCAGCUCCCAGGCCGGACGGACAACGAGAUCAAGAACUACUGGAACACGCACCUCAAGAAGCAGCUGCGCCGGAUGGGCCUCGACGAGCCCCCGCCCGGCCCGGCCGCCGGCUGCCCCGCCGCGCGCCACAUGGCGCAGUGGGAGACGGCCAGGCUCGAGGCCGAGGCGCGCCUCUCCCUCCUCGCCGCCACCGCCGCCUCCUCCGGCACCACCGCGACCACCACAGCCACCACCACCACGUCUGCAGCCUCCUCGUCCUCCACCACCGUCGCUGGCGCGGCCGACAACAAGGCCUCCAACCCCGCGGACAUCUUCCUGCGCCUGUGGAGCUCGGACAUCGGGGACUCCUUCCGCCGCAAGACGGACACGACGCCAGCGGUGCCCGCGCUUCCGGCGCCCGUCGUCAAGAGGAAGGACACGGCGAUCAAGCAGGAGCCGCGGGCGCUGCUGCUCGGCCUCAGGGACGACUCCUCGGCGGCGUCCAACGACAACGAGACGGAGGUGGCGGAGGCGCUGGAGGCGAAGUACCAGAUGUUCCUCGACUUCGCGGGCGAAGAGCUGGGAUUGUUCCAUGGCCGGCACGGCGGCUUCUCGCUGUUCCCGCCGCUCGACGUGCUCGCUGAGGCGUCCCUGGACUCGGCUUUCAAGUGAAGACGUAGCCAGCACCACGUACGUACACGGUACACAUACGUACGGGUACGGCAAGCGGCAGUAGCCAACUGGCCAUGCCUCUACGGCUUAGCUAUACGCCUCGAAAUGCGCGCAUGGAUGUAUAUAGAUAUGCGUGUGACUGCACUGGCAUAUCAGCAAUUUUUUGGGUUAGGCCAGCAAGUGCGUGGUUUAGCUUGUUAUUAUCCAGGGUUGGUUUUGGUAGGACAUCAUGGUGUAUUAUUGCCUGUAUGAGGAUUCUCUGUUCAUUGGAGAUGCUCUAAUACAUCACGAGAUGUUCUUCAAUCUUCGGUUAGAUUCUGGGACUGCUUUUUCGCACUGGAAACAUAUUUGACCUGGUUUUUAGAG